AUGCACUAUAACCAAUCACUGCAAUGCGACAUGAUACAUGCACAUUCAUCGUGGUAUUGGGAAGAUCAUUCAUUGGGCUCGCUACAGGAGGAGCAGCAGCAGCAGCAGCAGCAGCAGCAGCAGCAGCAGCAGCAGCAGCAGCAGCAGCAGCAGCAGCAGCAGCAGCAUGGGGACAAAUCCAGACUCUACAUGCAAGCCGAGCCAGUCGUGUCAACUCGUCGAGGCCUCCACUCCACUGUACCGUGCGACGAGGAAGCAGAAACUCUCCGAGUCUUUGUACCACCUUCAGGCCGCUUCUCAGCAACCGCUCCCUGA